GACUGCGCCAUGCAGCUGCUUCGCGCCGAAGGACCCGCGGGUCUGUUGAUCGGCUUGGGUCCCACCCUCUGGCGGGUGACCACGUGGAACACGUUGUAUUACGGCACCAUGCACAACAUCCAGGCUGAGGUGUACGACAAGCAUCCGCUGCAAAACCCAGUGCUGGCGGCGGCGCGCAAGAUGGCCACCGGCGUGGUGGUGGGGAUGACGGCGACAAUAUUCAACGCGCCGUUUGAUGUGAUCAAGUCGCGGUUCCAGAGCCAAGAGCGCGGGCCGAACCAGAAGUACCGGUACACGCUGCCGUCGCUGGUCACGAUUGUACGGGAGGAGGGCGUGCGUGCGCUGUACAAGGGAUUCCUGCCCAAGGCUCUGCUGCUGGGUGUGGGUCAAACGAUCGGUUACAUGGUGUUUUCAGAGGCCCUGAAAUUCUAC